AUGCAUCAUAUUAAUUGCAAGACAUCUUCCUUGAAGAACAGACAACGAAGUGACCAUAACUUCAACAAAGUUGAACUUCAGGGUUUUGGAGCAUAUGAUGAUUACAGGUCUUCCACAAUGAAUCAGGUCAGCAUCCACACUGAUGCUUCAUCUUCUGCAAGUUCUUUUGUUGAUGCUAUCCUGGAUAGGGACAUUGAGAUACUUCUCAAAGGCUAUGGUGUUUUUCAAUGUGAUUGGCAAUGCCUUUGCAAGACAGUAGGGAGCAGGAUCUCCUUCUUGUCCAAAUUUAGAUUCUUGAAAGGACUUAAUAAAGCAAAUAAACUCAAAUCACAAUUCUCUAAUUGCCGAGAUUUCAAACAACAUUGGGAGUUUGUUGGACAAGAGAGGCGUAAUUCUCAUCAGGAUUUCCAUCUCAAUUAUGUAAGCAAGAGAAGAGUUCCUACUGGACCUGAUCCCAUUCACAACAGGAGAGCAGCAACGUCUAGACAACCGCCAGGUCGAGCCUAAGUGUGAAAUUGCUAUGAGUCUCCUGGAGCGAUGAUCAAAGUGGAGAAAAUCUGUUUAAUCUUGUAGCUUAAAUUUUCUGAAAAUUUUACUAGCUGGUGUUCAUGCUGUUUUGCCACUUUGAAUUUGUGAACUAAAUAUAUUCAUUAAAAAGUUUUGCAUUGUCAUUUGUAACUACUUGGAAAUGAAGAUUUUCUACAUGGAUA